AAAAAAAUAAUUAUGCAGGAGGUGUGAAAGUAUAAUAAGCUCAAGCAUUGAAAGGAAACAAUCCAACUUCGCAGCAUCACCUGCCUGUUCCCAUGCGUUACGAGCACGAAGCGAGUUUCAUCAUCAGUCGCGGUAGCUAGUUCUGCCGAGUGUUUUGCACUGACAACUACGCUAGGUCUCAGCGGCUGAGAUUAAGCAGAUAGACCACACCUAUUUGUUCAUCUCAUGUACCACCGCUGUUCGGUGUGUAACAGCUUAACGUGAGAUAUCGCGAGAUGACUGCACUCGGUCCAGCUCCCUACGGCUGAUAGUGAUAGUUGACGCUGCUUACAUUGCUGCUUUUAAUUACUGCAACCGAAUCGUUGUGGCUUCUGCUCGACGGCGAUAUGUAUCUGGAUUCUGUGUGGUGGUUUCGGGUCACUCUGGAGGGCGCUGUCUUCUUGAUCGGUGUCCCUGGCAACCUACUCAUCAUCCACGUGUACGCGUCCAAGAGGACAAAGGUCACACCUCAUGUCUUCAUCAUCGGACUGGCCGUUGCUGAUUUCACGGUUUGUCUCUUGCGGAUGAUAGCCCUGGUCCAACUUUUCCCGCCAAUUGACACGUUUAGGGCGACCAGUCAAUUCUUUUGCCGCGUGCCCCCCAGUAUUGACGUUUGGCCGAAGUAUACGUCCAUACUUCUGACCACGGUCGUGGCGGUUGACCGCUAUCUGGCCAUCUGCCGGCCGCAUGGGCGUCGGAUGACCGUGCGACGGGCCCGCCAUGCCGUCUAUGCCUGCUUCGCUGUGUCUGUGGUCGUCACGCUCUCGUAUCUGUUCAUGUACGGAGUUGCGCCACUUCCCGAGGGCACCACGUCUUGUCAGUUCCUCGUUCCGCCUGCGGUAAUCGCUACCGCGUUUAUCUCCCUCAUGAUUUCCUUCGUUAUCUCGUUUGUAAUCAUCGUGGUGUUGUACGUCAAGAUCUACCGGAAAGUCAACCGGAUGGCUAAGGUGCGUCCAGGGAAUACCGUUCACCGCGGUGCCUCGUAUGCACCGUCCUGUGUAUUUCACGACGAUUCAACGGCCCGGGCGGGAGGUAUCACCCCCAACCGCCUAAUAGCCGCGGCCUCCCGUAAAACCAAUCCUGAAAUUCAACAAGACAAAUCGGUAGAUGAGCUGAAAGCUCGAGUGAUGCCUCAUCAACCACAACCUGAACCGAGAACCUCUGCGUGGAACGCCGAGCAUCAGAUGGAGGAGUUACCAAUUCUGAAACCGCCUACCGAACCCACUGCACCCAGCAUCAGUAGCACAAUAACUCGUAAUAACACUUCGCUUGCGAGCCCAUCACCUCAAGCCACAAAUAUAGCCACUGGGACCGCAAGCGACCAAUCAAAUGCCCCACAAUUCUACAAGAAAACCACGCUGAUGUUGCUUCUGUCUACCAUAGUCUUCAUCGUCACACUCGUACCAGUGUGUAUCGUAAUGUUGGCCUACCCAUUCAUCCUACCGCUGCUAGCACACAACGAGGCAUUUCGGUUCCUAGUCAACGUGGCCUCGUACCUGAACCUGGUCAACAACGCAGCCAACCCCGUGUUGUUUAGCUUCGUCAGCCGCCGGUUUCGUGAAGACAUGAAAAGAUCGCUUCGAAAACUAUGCCGUGGGGGCUGCCGUUUUCGCGACUAGUCGAAAUAUUCCCAUUUCAAAAGGGCUUCAAAAUCUCACGGCGAUCUCACUCAUAAAACAUGGGGAAAAAUGUUUUCCAGAAAUGGUAGACUCUAUUUCCCAAAAAAGGGGGGUGAAUGGGAGGAGCCUAACUCUCCCGUUUUGGGCGACUGGUGGCGUUGUAUUUGCCAUUAUUAUGAUGCAUGCACUGGAAAGCUAAUACUAUUGAACUGAACUCCACGUGUUAGUGGUUGUACGGUAUGUGUAUAUAGAAGAAAUUGCCAAUUUUGUUUCGGAAAUCUGUAACCUGUCGACAUCUCAUUAUGCACUUUAUUUUAAAAAUAAAAAAAAGAUUACUUACAUUU